AAGUGUGUUUCUAAAAAAUGCUGGGCACACGGCGUAGAGUUUAUAGAGAGGAAAGACUUAAUUCACAGCUUCCUAUACAUCUACUAUGUACACUGGAGUAUCUCAACUGCUGGGCUACCUGUAGCACAAAUCUCUGCUGGUACCUACUUCACCAUGAAGGUCUCCAAAACCAAACCGCCGGAUGCACCCAUUGGUGUUUUUUAUGUAGGUGACCACCAAGCAUUAGUUCACAGACCAGGAAUGGUUCGCUUUCGAGAAAACUGGCAGAAGAAUCUUACUGAUGCCAAACACAGUUUCAUGGAGUCGUUCUCCUUCUUAUUCAAUCGUGACUGAUUCUUACAGGAUGUCUUAGGAUUGUUUUUCUCAUCAGGAUAUAUUAAAAAUACAAUACAGCACAUCAAACCACAGAAUAUUUAUUGAGUAAUAAACUUGUGGCACACAAUCCA